GCUUUGUAUUUUCUUCCCUUCUUCACUUCCAAAAACUCCCCCAAAGCAAACCAAAUGCCUUCCUUCCAUACUCUGUAGAUCUCGUCCCGUCACUAAGAAGAAAAUUUAGGAAAAUGCCACUCAUUCCCUAUCUUCUCUCAUCACAAAUCUCUGAAAAAUCUGAAGAUUUCGAUUCUUGAACGAAGAUUUCUUCGAUAUGGAAAAACGCCACGAAUUCAAACUCAUUCUCGGCUCGAUUUCGGCAUUUCUGUUGCUUGUGCUGUUCUUGAUUGCAUACAUUUUACGUUGGAAACCCUCAAGAGAAGAAUCCAUCGAGGUUCGGAACUCUAAGCACGUGGAAGAAUUCGAGGCGGAGGAUUUGAUCGGAUUCCCGGGCGGCGAGGAUCUCACCGUCCACGACAUUCUAGACGCGCCGGGGGAAGUGGUUGGGAAAUCGAGCUACGGGACUCUGUAUCAGGCGAGCUUGCAGAGGAGCGGCUCUGUCGUGCUUCUACAGUUUCUACGGCCAUCGUGCGCGGGACGCGCCAACGAUGUCCUCCCUACGAUUCGGAUGAUGGGGUUUAUCCGGCAUUCGAAUUUGGUUCCUCUGCAGGCGUUUUAUGUGGGGCCCAGAGGGGAGAAGCUUCUCGUCCACCCGUUCGUCAGCCGCAGCACUCUCUCGCAAUUCUUGCAUGAUGGAACUGGUGAAUCACACAGAUGGACUGUGAUUCACAAUAUCUCCCUUUGUAUUGCUAUAGGACUGGAUCAUCUUCACAAUGGAUUGCAAAAGUCCAUCAUCCAUGGAAAUCUCAAGUCAAAAAACAUAUUACUCGAUUCAUAUUACCAGCCUUACUUGUCGGAUUUUGGCAUGCAUCUCCUUCUAAAACCAAGUUCAGCCCAAGAAAUGCUUGAAGAUUCAGCGGAUCAGGGCUAUAAAGCGCCGGAGCUGACCAAAAUGAAGGAUGUAAGCAAAGAGAGUGACAUCUACAGCUUUGGGGUUAUUGUCCUUGAAAUUCUCACUGGGAAAGAGCCUACUUAUGGAAAUUCAUUUGAUAUUAAUCUUCCAACCUCAAUGAGAAAUGCAAUUCCGAAUCAUAAAGUCUUCGAAAUAUUUAGGCCCGAGCUUCUAAACCAAAGUAACCAUCAAAACUCAAUUACAAAAGAAGGUUUGCUCUUGUAUCUUCAAUUGGCAAUUGAUUGUUGUUCUUCUCCUCCAUCUUUGAGACCAGAUAUUAAGCAAAUUGUUAGAAAGCUGGAAGAAAUUGGACAGCAAAUUUGUGGAAUCAAUAGAGGAAUGGCGCCACAUAUGGUGGAAACAACGGACAUAACGAUGGGAUAGAUUGUUUGAUAGAAAACAACAUUUUACUGAUCUACAUUAUCAAAGACGAUGACCUCCGCUGCACCGCUAGCAAUGAUGGAUCUUGGUGAUGGUUACUGUUUGUGGUCAAAGCGGAAACAUGAAUUCAAUUGGGUUUGCUCAGAUAGGAAGAACUAUUAAAAUUAGCCAUCAAUCUGAGCUUCUAUGCCUUAGGAAUUAUAUCAUGGAUUGGGAAGAUCAACAGUGUCUAAUUGGAGGAUAUAGUUUGAAUGAACUAUUUUCACGGGAAAGUGCAAUACAAAAAGGAUCUGAUUCAUUUUAAUUUUUACCAUAGAUAUUGGGAAAUUUGUAGUCACUAAAGAGAAUGCUAUUAUGCAUCUCAUAUUGCAUAGUUGUAUGCAGCACCCUCCUCACCAUACAUGUAGAUGAUUGGGACUGUUGAUCAGGUGGGCCAUCAUGCUGAUGGGCUAUAAGGGCGAAAAGUGUGGUGAUUGGGCAACUCUGAUAAUCAAGCUGUGGUUUAAUUCUUGAAUGUGGAUCAUUACUCCAUUAACCAUUCCUUUUGCAGGGCAACAGUCGGAUGGUUACGAAUCCAAUCCCCCAUACUUACGAGAUGUAGCCUAUACACAUUGUGCCCCAUAGAUCAACAGUCCAAAUCAGGAAAAUGUCUUCCACAUCGACUGUGAGGAGGGAGCUGCACGUAACUUGGAUGACAUGAGCUGCAAAUUCUCAAUCACCACAAAGCCCACGAACUUUACUAGUCUUUGUAAGUUACUUCUCUUUCAUUCCUACUCUUACCACUUAUGUGUACAGUUGAGUUUUUUUUUCCCCCUCUGAAAUGGUAUAUGUUGGAUAUAUUGAUCAUUUUAUUAAAAAAAUCUACAGUUGGGAUC